GAAGUUUUUCGUACCUCCCAGUGUGGUCUCAAAAUGCCGAAGGAGAAGGCAGGAAGAACAGGCUAGUGUGUGCUUUCCCCAGCGUGGGGAAAUGGGACCUGGCAGCUCCUUGGGACAAUGGGCCAUGGAUGCCUGAGCAAGAUCACUGCCCUGCCUCUGCCUGGGGUCCAGCCCUGCCACCUGUCUUCCCUCCCUGUCCUCCCUUGAUUAUCCCAUCACUUGCCUCCUGGUUGCUCUGUGCUUGCCUCCAAUGCAGCCCAUCCCACUGUCCUCAUCUUGCCUGUUUUACUGUCCCCAUCACAAGCCCCCCACAUUGUCCCCAUGGCAUGCCCACCAUGCAGUCCCAUCUCAUGCCCAUCAUGCUGCCCCAACACUCUCCAUCCCUUCCCCCUCCCUUAUGUAAAUGGCUACAAAGAACACUUAAUCAUCCUUGUUAAUUGUCUCUGCCCUCCCCUGUUCCCCCCCUGGGGAUUUUCUCACGAAUGGUGUCUAACUUUUCCCUUGUGUGUUUUGCUUUUCCACCAGAGAUUGCAGCCUCUCCGCCCCCAGCCCCCCCCAGUCCUCUGUUUACACAACUGGGACAAAUUUCACACCGCAGGGACUGCUGUCCCCACACCCCCAAGUCCUUUGCUCCCCUGCCCCAAAGAAUUUGUGAGUCACCGCAGAGGCAGGGCUAUAAAUGUGUCCUCACCGAGGGUCUGCAGCGUCAGAAGGGACAGUGUCUCCUGCCACCAUGCAAGCUGCUGCCUGUUGCCUGCCUCCCCACGGGCUCCGGGUGCCUGUGGCCACUGCUUGCCCAGCUCUGGGGCUGGAGCAAGGGGGAAGACCCCUUCCUCUCUGGAGACCGUGGCUGCCCCGAGCCCAGGAGGGACCCGGGAGGCGGCGGGAGCAGACGGACCCUGCUCAGACUCGGGACGCAGUGAGGGAUGGCGGCCCCGACAAAGCGCUGUCUUUCUUCCGGCACCCGGUCAGGCUCCUCUGGCCCAAGUCCAAGGCCUUUGACCACCUGUACGGCGUCGGGGAGAAGCUGCUGGAGAACUUCCCGGUGCAGGCCACCCUCUGCUUUUAUGAGGACUCGGGCAGCGAGGAGGAGGAGGAGGAAGAAGAAGAAGAGGAGGAGGAGGAGGAGGAGGCAGGGGAUGUGACAGCGGGUCUCUUGCCGCAGGCUGGCAGCGCCGGCCCCGGCAAACCGCUGUGAGACGGCAGGCAGGGGCAGGCGGACCCUGCUGCGAGCGGA